AUGUUUUUUGUUCUAUGGUUUGGCAUCUUAUUUUUUAUUUUGGCCGUUGUGAUUUUUUUUUAACUUACACAGAUACACGUAAAUAAGAAAAGAAUAAUACUUUUGUGUUCUUAGAGAACUAAUAGUAAAUUAAGGUAUGUCUUUAUUUAUUAGUAUUUCCCUGGUGUAGAAUUAUUAUACCUAAAGUUUGUUGGAAGAACGAAAUGUGACGGAUAAGGAACAUAAAAGACUUGUGGUUGCAGUCCAUGAGCGUGUAGUCGUCUGCAGAGAUGCUGAGUGUGGCGCGGCUGUGUGUGCGUGCACCUCGCCCGUGCUCUGCUCCCCUUGUGGCCGCUCAGGGGCUGGUGAGAUGGGGCGGGCUGGUGAGAUGGGGCCGACGACCGUGGCAAAAUUUCGCUCUGGCUGGGGCGCGCAGCAGUGUCUCCAUAGCCAGCACGCCCCCGGGAGCGAUGCCACGGAGGAUAGUCGGGGCGUGGCUGCUUGGCUGCGGUGGCAUGGUGUUUGGAGCGGUGGUCCUAGGGGGCGUGACACGACUAACCGAGUCGGGGCUGUCCAUGGUGACGUGGCGUCUGCUGGGGGAGCACGUGCCACGUACGCCUGCCGAGUGGCGCCAAGAGUUCCAGCGCUACCAGCAGUUCCCUGAGUUCAAGAUGUUGAACCAGGAAAUGACCCUGGAGCAAUUCCAACGCAUCUGGUGGAUGGAGUACAUACACAGGAUGUGGGGACGAGCCAUCGGAGCUGCCUUCCUGCUGCCGGCCGCAGCCUUCUGGGCCAAGGGCUGGCUGACUCCACCCCUCAAGAAGAGAGUCGUGGCCUUUGGUGCACUCAUCCUUCUGCAGGGCCUGAUGGGGUGGUACAUGGUGCAGUCUGGCCUCGAGGACCGCUUCCAGGCGCCCAGCGAAGUGCCGCGCGUGUCGCAGUACCGCCUAGCCACGCACCUCUCCCUUGCCUUUGUGCUGUACACACUACUGCUGUGGUCCGGUCUGGAGCUGGUGCUGCCUGCGCAGACCAUGUCCGGGCCCGUGAGUGCUGCAGCGCGCAGGUUCCGAUGGCUCGCGCAUUCCUGCAAGGGGGCCGUCUUCCUCACCGCCGUCUCUGGAGCAUUCGUGGCAGGACUGGAUGCUGGCCUCAUCUACAACUCCUUCCCCAAGAUGGCGGAGCACUGGGUGCCUGAAGACAUCCUGGCCUUCUCGCCUGCCCUGCGCAACUUCACAGAGAACCCAACUACCGUGCAAUUUGACCACCGCGUGCUGGGCACAACCUCGCUGGCUCUGGUGACGACCAUGUGGGCGUGGUCGCGGCGUCUGAACCUGCCCCCACGCGCGCACCUGGCAGCUACUGCUGCCGCUGUCAUGAUGUGGACCCAGGUGGGCCUGGGCAUCACCACACUGCUGACGUACGUGCCUGUGCCGCUGGCUGCCAGCCACCAGUCUGGCUCGCUGCUGGUUCUCUCAUUCAUGGUGUGGCUGACCCACGAGCUUCGCAGACUGCCCAAGUAGCACGUCCCAGACUGUCUGUCAUGCACAGGACUGCAUUGGUCGCCGGUUUGUGUCUACCCAAGGUCGCUGCCCUUUGGAGAGUGGCUGGUAGGUGAGAUCCGGCACGAAGACACCUUCAGCUGCACCCUUCAGUGCCCACCAAUCACAGUGCUGCAGUUAUCUCCACCCCUCUUGAGUUCCUUACAUGCAUCGCUCUCAGGGUACUCUCUCAACACCCCAAAUGACUCAACUUCACAAGCACUGAUCGACUGUUGAUCUGCAGAGAGUGUGCAUGUGCAGCGUGACAUGAAUGCUCACCGGGUUCUGACGCAGGACUCCACGGAUUUGCUUGGAAAAUAAUUUACAUGUAAGUAGAGCUGUUGCGAUACUACUUCCGUUACCCUGAUUCAACCACCGAUACCCGUUACAACAAUAAACAUUUACUGGCCAUACUAUAUGAAUAAAUAAUUGUAACAUAAUGUUACGAACGUGAGCAAGGCCGGCACACGUGCAAGUACAGAGCUGGCUGGCGGCUAUCGCAACAUCAGACGCGCCACACACGCCUAGAAGAUUACAAGGAUUGUCGCUUUCCCCCCUCCUUCCCUCCGCUCCCCGCGCAGCGCUGAUAGCUAAGACACCUGACACUUCACAGCUGCGGAGUUACGCGAGCCGCCGACAUGUGUUUCGAGAGAUUUCUGCCGUCGGGUCGGUGCACAAUGACGCGACUGGCCCCGGCAGUGCUCGUGAGUUCUGGAAAUGGCGGCUGAUAUAUAAGACGAGGAUGGCGGCCUCGGAGAGGAGUCAGUGGGAGUGCAGGCGGGAGCUUUCCUGCGGCGGAGUUUCCGGGGCGAUAGUGGCAAAGUCCUUGGAUGAAGGUUCCAGGGCAGGGAGGGAGUGAGUGAGUGGAGUCGGGAGUUUUCCCGUGGCAGAUUUUCGGGGCGAUAGAGCGGCGAAGUCCCUGGACGAAGGUUCCAGGGCAGAGAGUUCAGUUCCAGGCAAUAGUGUCGCGGGCACGGUGGAGUCCCGAGCGAAGUUCCGAGCGAGGCGUCGAGCGAAUCCUCGGCGAAUGCAAGUGCGUCGGCGGCGGUGGAGUGCGGCGACGGAGUCCUGCAACGGAGGUCCGUGAGGGGUGCUGCGGCGAGAGUUGCGCCAGAGGUGCGGCCCAGCGAGGUGUGUGGUGUGUAAAAACGAGUGACUGGGGAAGCAACAUUUUUUAAGUACAAUUGAUUAAUUGGCAUUUUUUAGAUUAUUUGCUAGUAAUGUAAAUAGUGGGAAUAAAUAAAACUGUGUUUAAUAAAA